AGCCGAACUGAAGAUCCCCGAUCCGUCAUGCGCCAUCCGUCGGCUGGUCUCAGCUGCCUUGCAUUUGCCUCCCACCUAGCGAGCCUCCAGCCUGGUCCUGCACCGAGCCCGCCUUUCAGCAGACCGACCGACUUUUUGACCGCAUCAGCAUCGCUUGCCAGGGCUUCGCGUCUCCACGACAACUAACUGACAGCCGAAAUCCAUCAUUCCAUUAUCCCACCCGACCAAACUCGACUCGACUCGGCUCGAACCCGCCUGGCCCCUCCUUCCGACUGACUGACAGCUCCAUCGCUGGUGUGGUGUUACGCAGCCUGCCGCCAUCACCCUCAACUACGCUACUUCACUACCACCUACUUACCUAUUUCCGACCAACACCACCUCCGACAAGACAUCCCAACGACAAAAAAAAUAGACACAGCUGCCCGUUUGCAUGUCGUCCUCCGACCGGCCGGCCCCGUCGCCUAGCCAGCCUGGUCGCCCGGAACAUGGACCCCAAGCCACUACCGCCCCUGAGGUGAUCCCGUCCCAUCUCGGCCCUUCCGAUCCUGUCCCCGAAUCGUCUGCAGCCAGCGUCCCAAUAGAACCCCAGCCGGUCCCUGUCGAGAUGGCCCCGCGUUCCGGGACCACGGCGCCGCCGGCAGGGGAGGACCUCGGUCUCGGCGAGCCUCCGUCCCUGUCGGCCACCGAGGUCGUCCAAGACACCACUGUGAUGGAGAAGGACCCCCCGAGAGAUGCAGCCGAUGAGCCAUCCGAGGGCAUGGCCUCCUCCAUAGCGACCCUCAAGCCCACCACCGCCGCCAGCACCACCACUGCAACCCACCACCUUACCGUCGACACCAAGACCUAUAUAGACCCGACUCCCGCUACUCCCGAUGCCUCGCAGCCCCCCUCACGAACGCCCUCCAACGCCGCUGGCAGCCGAUCACGCAAGCUCUCGGCCUCGACCUCGACCUCGCCGGCCUGGUCCGACGCUGGCUAUGACGAGAAGCGGUACAUGAGCGAGGACGAGCAUGAGGUCAGCGCCGGCGGCGGCGCCUCGUCGCGGGCCGAGAUCCAGAGCAUCAUGGAGCAGUUUGCCGAGGGCGGCGGUGGCCCGGGUGAGGACGAGGUGAUGAGCCCGCGUCUCGAGAUCGCGGGGCCCAUGCUCGGCGCCCCGCCGCAGCAGCAUCCGCCUCGCAAGUCUAGCCUGGAGCCGCUGGCGCCAACCAUUGCUCAGAAAUUUCAGGACAUUAGGAUCCCGAGGUCUUCAUCCCCGGAAAGCAUCAGAUCCAAGGCCAAGGACUCGGAGGAGCCAAGACCUCCGGUGCCUCCCAAGGAUGGCGGCGGGGACAAGGACGAGGCGAGCACCGCCGCCCCCACACCCACAUCGUCGAAACUCAGCUUGUCCCUGUCACUGAAGCAGUCCCAGGACGAGCUUGCAGAAGGCGUCAUGUCACCCACAAUGCCACUCCACCGCCCUCCGCCACCAGAGCCCGAGCCGGAGCCGUCGCUGCCGUUUGACUUUCAUCGAUUCCUAGAGCAGCUACGAAACAAAAAGGCAGACCCCGUGGCAAGGUACCUCAAGUCGUUUCUGUCAGAGUUUGGUAAGCGCCAGUGGAUGGUGCACGAGCAGGUCAAGAUUAUAGGCGACUUCCUGGCCUUCAUCGCCAACAAGAUGGCGCAGUGCGACGUCUGGCGCGAGGUCUCGGACGCCGAGUUCGACAACGCCCGCGAAGGCAUGGAAAAGCUCGUCAUGAACCGCCUGUAUGCCCAGACAUUCUCGCCUACCAUCCCACCCCCGCAGCCUAUCCCGGGAUCCAAGCCGAACCGCAAGCGUGGGGGCGAAAGGCCCAUGGGCCCCGGCCGCAGGGGUCAGCACCAGGAGGACGUGGAGCGCGACGAGAUACUGGCGCAGAAGAUAAAAAUCUACGGCUGGGUCCGGGACGAGCACCUCGACAUACCCACCAUCCCCGAUAGCGGCCGCCGCUUCCUCAAGCUCGCGCAGCAGGAGCUGCUCAAGAUCACGACCUACCGCGCUCCUCGGGACAAGAUAAUAUGCGUCCUGAACUGCUGUAAAGUCAUAUUCGGACUCCUGAAACAUUCUAAAUCGGACUCUUCGGCAGAUUCGUUUAUGCCCCACCUGAUAUACGUCGUUCUGCAGGCAAACCCUGAACACUUGGUCUCGAAUGUGCAGUAUAUACUGCGAUUUAGGAACCAAGAUAAGCUUGGGGGCGAGGCCGGCUACUAUUUGUCAUCCCUGAUGGGCGCUGUGCAGUUCAUUGAAAACAUGGAUCGGACUACUCUCACCAUCACAGACGAGGAGUUUGAGCGCAGCGUUGAGGCGGCCGUGCUGGAGAUCGCAGAGAAGCACCCUCCACAGCCUCCCCCUCUCCCGCCCUCGCAAUCGGAGAAGCCGCAUCUGUAUCUACAGUCAGGCGACCCCGGGGCCUCGUCCUCGACACGGCCAUCUAUGGAUGGCGACUCAGCAUCGGCGCCGCGCAGGUCCACGUCGUCUCGCGACGGCGGGGACUCAUCGGACGAGCCGGCAGCCAUAACGGGUCUUCUAAGGACAAUACAGCGGCCGCUCAGCACCAUCGGCCGCAUGUUCUCGGACGAGCCGCUCGCUGGCGCAGGCGGCAGCGGGGCGGGGCCGUCGAGGAGCCCGGUUCACACGCCGCAGCCGGGCUCGGGGCGCGUCUCGGGCGAAGGCCGGGAUCCGCGAGAUCCGCACCAGCACCACCGCCAGCUGUCUGCCCAGGAGGCGGCGGCGCGGCAGGCCAGCGCCGAGGCUGCCGAGGCGCAGAGGCUCCACAGGGCGGAGCACGCCAACGUCGUGGAGACGCUGGCGGGCAUGUUUCCCGACUUGGACAAGGACAUCAUUAGUGAUGUGGUGUACCAGAAGCAGGGGAGGGUCGGCUUGGCUGUUGAUGCAUGUCUUGCUCUGUCUUCCUGAGCUUGGAGCUGACACUUCACUCGGUUCCAAACACAAGGGGGCUAGAGAAUAAGUACCAUAGAUUGGCUCUCUCCCAGAGUGCAUACAAAACAAAAAAGCGGCAUGUACGGGUAAUCUUUAAUGAGCAGGCUACGAGCAAAACAGAGGCAGCAUGUCACUCAAAGACUCGGCCAGCUGGGACUGGCCAUUUGCACACAAAGAUGAUUGGGGUCGCAAGCAAAUCGUGAUUCAUUAUUAUUCUUCAUGGUUCGCAGACACAUUACCGACCACCAUGCUCAGUUCUUCUUGGUCACGUUCAUGGCGGCGACCCACGGCUUCCACCACUUCUCGAUGAGCUCGGGGCUGCGCCAGGCCGAGUAGUCGUACGUGGUCAGGCCCCAGGUGUCGUCGACGCCCUGGCCGCCGGACCGGAUGCGGUAGCUGCCGGCCAGGGCCCAGACCAUCCAGUUGACCUUGUGCUUGGUGAGGAAGCCGCGCAGGCACGCCUGCAGCGUGUCGCGCGGCAGCGUCGCCGCGUUCUGCUCGUAGCCGAACUCGCUAAAGAUGACGGGCGUCUGCCGGUGCGCGGGCUCGCAGUCGUAGCCGGGCAGGUCGCAGCCGGGCUUGGGCGCGUCCAUGCCCAGGGCGUUGAAGCCGUUGCGGUACAGGCUCGCCUCGACGGCCUCGCAGGUGCCCGUGUCCUGGUCCUCGCUCAUGUGGUACAUGUGCAGCUCCCACACGAGCUUGUCGGCCCACGGGUGGGCGUCGAGGUCAAAGUACAGGGGUUCCCGGCGCGCGGCGUCCCGGACGGCGGUGCAGCGGUAGCACGGGGCCGAGAGCAGGUUGCGGCGCGCCGUGAGGGCCGACAGGUCCUGGUCGUACUGCAUCCCGGACCAGGUGAUGAGGAGGUCCGGGUUGGCGGCGUGGAUGGCGUCGGCGCCGGCCGUCAUGUUGCCGACGAGGGUCUGCCAGUUGUAGUAGAGGUCGGUGCGGUUCCACGACUCGCGCAGCUCGUUGCGGAGCGAGAGGCCGACGACGUUGGGGUGCGACUUUGCAAAGUUGGCGACGUAGGCGAGGCCGCGCUUCCAGUUUGACGUGUUGAAGUAGACGUCGUCGAACCACUUUUUGUUUCUUUUGUUAGUCAAUGUUUCCCCUCCUCCUUCUCCUCCUCCUCCUCAUCCCCGUUCGGGCAUU